CGAAGCAAGGAUAAAAUGCAGGCCGGAGCUAAAACAGGAGAUUAUUAUCAGGCGAUGUUUUGCAGAAGUCGUAUCUGGAGGCCGGUGAGCGAGAUGUUGGAAAAAUUAGUCAACGUGGUGACGAUCCGGAAUGAAACGGUCCGUCAGGGUCUGGCAGAAUUUCUGGGGACCUUCCUCCUGAUGACCUUUGGCCUUGGCUCCGUAGCCCAAGUUGUGUUGGGGAAGCACAAUUUUGGAGAGUACUUGAGCAUCAAUCUUGGAUUCGGGUUUGGUGUUAUGAUGGGAGUCCAUGCUUCUGGUGGAAUCUCAGGAGCUCAUAUGAACGCGUCCAUCACUUUCGCCAAUUGCGUGGUUGGAAAUUUACCCUGGCGCAAACUCCCGGCGUAUGUGAUUGGCCAGUUCUUCGGAUCGUUUGCCGCGGCGGCUAUUAUUUUUGUUUUGUAUUAUGAAGCGCUACAGAAUUACACAGGAGGCAACCUAACCGUGACGGGAUCGACGGCCACCGCGGGGAUUUUCGCCACCUAUCCUGCCCCUUACGUGUCUCUGGGGUACGGCUUUCUCCAGGAGGUUAUUGCAAGUAGCAUGCUUAUGAUCGGUGUCCUCGCCAUCCACGAUAGGAAGAAUGCCGGGGCCUUACCGGGCACCAAUGCCUUCAUCACUGGGUUGCUGGUCGUACUCAUUGGCAUGUCUAUGGGGAUGAACACGGGCUAUGCCAUCAACCCUUCCAGGGAUCUGCCCCCCCGGAUUUUCACGGCCCUUGCAGGAUGGGGCUUGGAGGUGUUUCGAGCAGGCAACUGCUGGUGGUGGGUGCCAUUGUUGGCCCCAACGCUAGGAUGCCUCAUUGGGAUAUUCAUCUACAACAUCCUGAUCGACUUCCACAAUCGCUCCCCGUCAGAUCCAGAACCUUCGAAGCAAGACCCAGAGGCCGAGAUGACGUCUCCCAUGUGACUGCUGCUUUGAAAGGAUGAUGGUUUUUGGGACACCUGAACAUGCUUUCCAUCCUGGUCCUCAAGGAAGGGAAUACAUGACAUCCUUUGGGGAAGACAGGGAGGAGAAAGAUGGAGUCGAUCAACUCCUAUGGGGGCUGCACUGGGGAGUGGCCAUCUUGUUCAACGUGGAGACAUCUACCCACCUAGGAGACCUGCAGACCAGCUUUGAUCAUUGAUGGAAAUUGGACACUAGAUAAAAGACUUGGAAAAAAAUAAAUAAAUCUAGCUGCUAA